AUGGCUUCAACAUUCCUCUCAUAUCCUGCACCUCAUCUUCUACACAAUAAUCAUUUUCAAGCCAAAAAGCACUUCUCCAUAAAAUGCACAACUUCAUUAAACUCAUCUUCUUCUUCACCCGAAUUUCCCACACCAGACCCUAAAAACACUACAAUGAACAGUCCAGAAACAUUUCCACUAGAGAAAAGAAGAAGAUCAGAGAUAGUAAGACAGAGGAGGCCGAAAACCGACCUAGCGAAAUCCGAGCCACCAAACUUUGAAAUCGGUUGGAAAAGGACAAAAGAGAUUAACCUUGAGAAGCCAAUAGGGUAUGUGGUAGCUGAUUUUCUGGAGAAGUUGGAGGAACUUAUGACGAGGAAGGAAUUUGGUUCGACAGAACUGUUGGCGAAAGUCGGUGAAAUCGUUGCGGAAAGGGCGAGAGAAGAAGCAGAAGUUUUGAGAGAUGACGGGAAAGUUGAAGAGAGAAUGGUUGUUGAACUUUUUAGAGUUUUGAAGUUGAUGGAAAUGGAUUUGGCUAUGGUGAAAGCUGCUGUUAAGGAAGAUACUUUGGGUGAGAGGCUUGAUCAAGCUAAGGCUAGGUGCAGGCAAGCUAUACUUGUUGCUUAUUCCUUUUGA